AUGCACUCGACAUCCUCGUAUCGUUCAUCUACGUAUGACAAGAUCUAUCCCGAGCUGGCGCCGAAGCAUGCUGCAUCCGCUCUCGCCGUAACCGACGACUUCCGGACUGUCGAAACAUGCUCGACACGUUGUACAUGCACGACCAAGGAGAUGAUGCACGGACAUUGCCUUGCUGUUCUGCUCACUAACCUCACGCCAAGGGGGAAAGGCCCAGCCCCGCGAUUGGAAGUCAUUCAGAUCCUCGAGUUCCAAGACCCUGCGGCUGCCAGAACCUGGGGCCGCCACGAGGCUGUGGCGCCUGAACUGUUAGGCGAGGCCGAAGAGAACUUGUCUCCGGGAAGUGAGCGCGAGUCCAGCCGCUGGCGGCUCAAGAUGCAGGACUCCUUGAGAACUCGAUUGCAACAACUGCCGACGGUGAUACUCGCGGCGACGGGGAGGAGCGGCAGUAAUCCUACCGAGGAUAUCUCCGUGCGGUUCUGGUUGCAGCAAUUCUCAAGUCGAAUCGCGCUGGCCCUAGCAGCCCUAGAGGCACGCGCCUCGACGUAUCAACAAUUGGCGAUUCAGUCUCGUGCAUGUCCAAUGAACAAGGAUCGGGGGAUCUGCCAGUCAAUGACAAGCCUUGCCAUCCGGCGAUUCAUUCCACAGGAACAGCACUGCCUCCUUCGCUGCCCUGAGCUCAUCUCUUUGUGGAGGCCAGUUCCCCACCAGCAUCGCCAAGCACGGAUGCUGCGAAAAGCCAAUCAUAGUGACAUUCGCACAAGCCUUGCAACGAGGUUCGUCUUGCGCACAGAUCGCAAAUGCUUAGCCUACCGAAGGAGGGCCGACCUAAUCAUCUACCAAACGGGAACCGCACGAGCAACCGCACACGAAGAAGAAGAGUUCGUAGCCGUAAAGGUGCCUAAAGCCAUCGACACAAAGCCAUUUCCUUGUCUGCGUAAAGUUCCGCGCCCGCCACGGCUCAGUGAAACGGUCGUCUUGCGAUCCGGAAUGGACUUGCGUUAAUCUCUGAUUGGUCGCUACGAAGUAUCGGAUCACUCUUACCCGUGAAGGAUCCCGCGCCACAGAGAAUUUGCGUGAAUGACAUGGUGCAUGCAAGAGCAAAUUGGAACAUCCUCAAGAGAUGCAUCAACUGCUCAGUCGAGGAGAUUCCAAGGCGCCAUGAGCUUUUAGCCGCUCGGACACGAACGUUGCGAGAUUAGUUGCGUGAUCUAUUGCCUGACCUAUAGCAUGAUCGUCUCAUCCAAACGGAGCCGUUGUU